AUGGUUGCAAGUCACGAAAUUGAAAACGCAGAGUACCAUGAAAACACCUCUGGUGGUCAAACUGCCUUCAAGGAUUACUUGGGUAAGUUUGCCCAUGUUGAAGAUCCAAUUGAAAGAAGAAGAUUGGCUUUAGAGGAAAUUGACAAAGCCGGAUUUGGUUGGACUCAAGUCAAGAUGAUUAUGAUUGCAGGUGUCGGUUUCAUGACUGAUUCCUACGAUAUUUUUGCCAUUAACUUGUCCAUCAAUAUGUUGCAAUAUGUCUACUGGAAAGGUACCAUCCCAAGUUCCACCACCACUUUGAUCAAGGUUGCCACUUCAGUUGGUACAGUUGUUGGUCAAGUUGGUUUCGGUUCUAUUGCUGAUUUGGUUGGACGUAAGAAGAUUUACGGUAUGGAGUUGAUUGUCAUGAUUGCUGCUACUAUUAUGCAAUGUACUAUUGGUACUUCGCCUGCUAUUAGUUUCCCUGCUUGGUUUUCCACAUUGAGAAUCAUUAUGGGUAUUGGUAUUGGUGGUGACUAUCCAUUGUCAUCGAUUAUCUCUGCUGAGUUCUCAACCACCAAGUGGAGAGGUGCUAUCAUGGCUGCUGUCUUUUCAAAUCAAGGUAUUGGUCAAGUGUUUGCCGGUAUUGUUGCCAUGAUUUGCGUUGCUGGUUACAAGGAUGACUUGAUCAACGCCAAAACUGGUGCUGAAUGUCACGCUGACCGUAAAUGUGUUAGAGCAGCUGAUCAAAUGUGGAGAAUUAUUAUUGGUUUCGGAUGUGUUCCCGGUGUCAUUGCCUUGUACUAUAGAUUGACCAUUGCUGAGUCUCCAAGAUAUUCUUUGGACGUGAAAUCUAGCGAUCCAGCUGACAUUGAAAAGGCUGCCAAGGCUGUCCUUGACGAAGUUGCUCAAGACACUGCUCCCCCAAAGGCUUCAUUCACUGACUUUUGGAGACAUUUUGGCCAAUGGAAAUACGGAAAGAUUUUGUUGGGAACUGCCGGUUCAUGGUUUAUGUUGGAUGUUGCCUUUUACGGUAUGGGUUUGAACUCGACUUUGAUUUUGCAAACCAUUGGUUACGCUAGAAAGGAUAAUAUUUACCACAAGUUGUACGAUUCAGCUGCUGGUAACUUGAUUUUGGUUUGUGCUGGUUCCUUGCCAGGUUACUGGUUCUCGGUUGCCUUUAUCGAGUUUUUGGGUAGAAAGACUAUUCAAUUGGGUGGAUUCUUUAUCUUGACUGUUUUGUUGACCGCUAUGGGUUUCGGUUACCACAGAUUGGGAGACAGAGGAGUUCUUGGUUUGUACGUUGUCUCCCAAUUUUUCCAAAAUUUCGGUCCAAACGUCACUACUUUUAUUGUCCCCGGUGAAGUUUUCCCAACCAGAUACAGAUCUACUGCACACGGUCUUUCCGCUGCUUCCGGUAAAGUUGGUGCCAUUAUUGCUCAAACCUGUAUCGGUACCUUGAUCAACCACCACUGUGCUCCACUGAACCCAGGCUGUUUCUUGCCCCACGUUUUGGAAAUUUUCGCUUUGUUCAUGUUGCUUGGUAUUUUCACCACCUUGUUGAUUCCAGAAACCAAGGGUAGAACUUUGGAAGAAAUUUGUGAAACUUGUCACGAUGAGCCAGACCAAGGUAGAAUUAGUAGAGAAAAAUACGCAACUCAAGAAGAAUCAUACGACUCAGAUCUCAAACAAUAG